GCUAUCUAGUAUUUCAAUAUGUUUUAAUAUGAUGUAAUAAUUAGUACACAAAUAAUUCCCAUAGGAUAUUAUUAAAGAAUAGGAUCAUUCCCUAUGAACAUUGUUAGCGAUUGAUAUUUUUCCCUCUGGACAAUAUUAUUAGUUGGUAUAAUUCCCUAUGGAUUGGUUCACAAUAACUCCAUUUAGAAAUUUUGAAGGAAAAAAUUUCUAAAUGGAAUUAUUUGUGCACGACGGAAUUCUAAUUUGUGCACGAAGAAAUUCUCGUUUAAACGGUUAUAAAAGCCGAAACGGUAAACUUAGAUAAAAUAUUAUACAAGAGGGAAUAAUGACUUCAUAGAUUUUUGAUGCAAGUGUAACAUUUAGUAAAAAUUUAGUUAAAAAACUGAUUAUUUCGAAAUUCAUAUAAAAAUUGGUAAAACAGCUAAAAAAAAGAUGAUAGGACAGAAUAAGAAAAAACAGAAAAAUACAGAAAGGUUGAGGUAUAUUUACCUAUUGAAGUACACUCUGAGGGAGUUACCUCAGAGACAGCUUCCAUCUAAUGGUGAUAUUCUUAGAUACUAUCAAUUUAUCCUUCGCUAGUCACAAGUUAAAUACAAACCCACUUCUACUAAUGUUGGUUGCAAAUUGAAAUCGAAAUCCAAGGAUCUUGUUUGUGAAAAUGUUGUUUGAAGAACAAGCUAGAUAAGUUGACAGAGAAAGAAUUAGAGAGACAGAAAAACUUAAAAGAUAUCAAUGAUGUUCUGUUGUCACAUGACUCCAUGAGAGAAGAGAUUCAAUUCAGCAGUGAGGAAGAAAAGUCAAAUGAGGACUCUGAAAUCAGUGAGGAAGAUGAUUUCCUGGGUAAUGGUCGGAAACGCAGGUACAAUUCUGGAGAUAGGAUAAAUCUAGCAGUGAAUGUUGAAAAGCUCAUUGAAUGUACUGCUAUUCCAGCAACAAGGUUCAAUGUUGGUGUACGACCUCAUCUGGCAAUUUUAAGUGAAGUAUUUAAAGUUGGAGGUAUAGAAAUUAAUGAUAUACCGCUUUCACGAAGCACACUUCAUAGAAAAAGUUCAAAUAUGUAGAACUUGAAGGAGACUCGGAGUGGAUUUCAAUAUCUAAUCAUCUUAAAGGCCAACGGCUUAUUCUUCAUUUUGAUACCAAACUGUUGGAACAAAUUACCACUGGGUUUAACAUUAUUCAAAAAAUUGAGUGACUUGCAGUCUCAGUGAGUUCCCCGGAUGACGAUACCAUGGAAGACCAUCUUUUAGGUGUUGCUGUGAUACAACUGCAAGCAAUACAGGCGGAGUAAAUGGAGCAGUCCAAAUUCUUACAAAUAUUUUGAAAUUACUAAUUUUGUGGAUGUGUAGGAGACAUAUAUAUGAAGUACAUGUAUCUCACUAUAUGGCUGCCCUUACUGGUGAGAAAACUAAAGGUCCAAGAAGAGCUCUUUAUGUUAAGCUAAAGAACAAGUGGCCUGAAAUCUGUGAGAAAGUGAAUGAAGUGAAAAAUUUAUGUAAAUUGGACUGGCAAAGAGAUGAUCUGAAGAUUGGCUCUGUUCUUCGCACUGUUGCAGAGGAAGCUAAGACAUUUUUGAGUAAUGCAACUACUGAUAUAGUGUUUUCAAGGAAUGAUUAUGGUAUAGUUUGUAAGCUUGCCUCCUUCUUCCUUGGAGUGGAAGUACAAAAUUUUAAGUUCCAUCAACCUGGCACCUGCCAUGAGGCAAGGUUUUUAGCAGAUGCAAUCUACAUCCUGACUCUUUAUAUGACUAAAGAUAUCAGUAAUAUCUUAACAGAAAAAGAAAUGCUGCAGUUGAAGGAUGCAAGUUUGUUCAUUGCAAUUUGCUAUGUUCCAUGGUUUUUAAAAAGUUUUUUAGGAUUUCUGGCUCCCUACAAUGAUUUGAAAGCUAUCCAGACAGCCUAUGCAUUGAGAAAAGUUAGUAAGAAUAUUGGAAAUGCUUUGCUUCUCAGCAUGGGACGCCAUACGUGGUACUUAACUCCGCAACUCUGUGUUUUUUCCUUUGGGGAUAAAGAAGUUCCUUCUGAAACAAAGCUAAGAAUGCUGUUAGCUCUGAUUGAGUUUGAAGAGCCAAAUGAAUUUCAGCGUUGUAAACCAUCAAAUGUACAAUUUGGAGAGACCACAGAGCUACCUGAGUUGAUUUCCGAGCAAAGCUACCUUCUCUUCAAACAUUUUAAAAUAUCAAGAGCAAGUAUAAAAGAAUGGCUUAAUAAUAGUCUUAAUACUAUAGAUGUUUUUAACCAUCCUCAGUUGCUAGAUUUUAUUGCAUGGAUCAAAAACAUAUCUGUUGUAAAUGAUGGUGCAGAAAGAAACAUUAAGCUCAUUAAAGAUUUUAUUUCAGCUACUAGAGAUGAAGAUCACCUUCAAAAUGUACUUUCUGUAGUUAAAAAGUCUAGAAAAAACUUGACUAAGACUAUGACUAAAAAGGAGCUUGGGAACUGUUCAAAAAGUUGUAUUUUUUGAGAAAUGUUUCACCACAAUAAAAUCUUAAAUUUGCUAAUAAAUAUUAGUUUUUUAUGUAUUUUUUUUGUAUUUUCAUAUUUAUAAAUAUAAUCUAUCAAGUUAAAUAGUAGAAAACAAUUGGAAAUGAUUUAUACCCAUCUAAUUGUUUUGUUUUAAUUUUCUAAAAUGUGUUUUCUAUUAAUGUUAAGCUAGCUUAACAUUAAAACUAGCACUUCCUGUCAAAAUAAAACCGUCAAAUUUUUUUUAGUACUUAUUUAGGUCACAUAGAAUGGGAAUCAGUAGAGAGCUUUUUUUUUUUUUUU